AUGCCUACCACAAAUUCCCGUAAUAACCCGUCAUCGAAUAAUACAACUGCAAUCAAACAUAAAGACGAACUUUGCCCUAACAUAUUAGAUACUGGAAAUAAUACAAAUCCUAGAUUACCCACAGUUAAAAUUAUAAACAAAAAAAAAUUAUCAGUAGACACUGGCAUGGGUUCAAACCAUGCUGAUUCCGAAGACAAUUCUAAUUGGCAAGUAGUCACUUCACCUACUAAGCGUAUAAACUCCCCAGGAACAUCAUGA